GUUCAACGAAGAUUUAGAAAUUUAUUCUAUGUUUAGUGAUGAUCAAGAAGAAGUAACAAUGAAGGAAAUAAUUUCAACAUUGGCUGCACGUGGAUGUGUUGAACGAUGGUUGAUUCAAGUUGAGGAACAGAUGGUGAAAUCAGUAAGAGAGGAGAUCCAUUUAAGUUAUUUAGAUUAUGAGAUAAAUGAACGAGUUUUGUGGGUACUUCUUUGGCCUGGUAUGGUUGUUCUCUGUGUUUCACAAAUCUAUUGGAGUCUUGAAGUUCAAGGUAUCCUGGUUAGUCGAACAUCCUUUGCAAUGGAAUUAUUUUACGAGAAAUUAAAGUCUCAAAUCUUGAGAUUAGUUGAGUUAGUAAGAGGCCAAUUGUCAAAGCAAAAUCGAACAACAUUAAAUGCUCUAAUCACUCUUGAUGUACAUGCCAUGGAUGUUGUCAAAUCUUUAAUUGAAAAACAUAUUACUAAUGAAAUGGAUUUUGAAUGGCUAGCACAACUUCGUUACUACUGGGAAGAUGACAUUUAUGUUAGAAUUAUUUAUUCAGUAAUAAAGUAUGGCUAUGAAUACAUUGGUAACUGUCCACGUCUUGUUAUCACACCUUUAACUGACAGAUGCUACCGCACAUUAAUUGGUGCGUAUUCUCUACAUCUGAAUGGUGCACCAGAAGGUCCAGCAGGAACUGGCAAAACCGAAACAACAAAAGAUUUAAGUCGAGCCAUUGCUAUGCAAUGUAUAGUUUUUAACUGUUCUGAAGGUCUUGAUUACAAGAAUAUGGGCAAGUUCUUUAAGGGUUUAAUAAGCUGUGGUGCAUGGUCUUGUUUUGAUGAGUUCAAUCGUAUCGAGUUGGAGGUUCUAUCAGUUGUGGCACAACAAAUGUUAUGUAUAAUGCAGGCAUUACGCGCUGGUUUGGAGAUAUUUGUCUUUGAAGAUACUGAACUCAAGCUUAAUACAGCAGUUUUCAUAUGUAUUACAAUGAAUCCUGGUUAUGCUGGCCGCACGGAUCUUCCGGAUAAUUUGAAGGUCCUAUUCCGCACAGUCGCUAUGAUGGUACCAGACUAUGCGAUGAUCGCAGAGAUUUUUUUAUACUCGUCAGGCUUUGAUACUGCUCGUGAGCUUUCUACGAAAAUCGUCACUACAUACAAGCUUUGUUCCGAACAGUUGUCCUCACAAUCUCAUUAUGAUUAUGGCAUGCGUGCCGUCAAAACUGUUCUUUCUGCAGCGCAGAAUCUGAAAUUAAAGCAUCCUAAUGAAGACGAAGCUAUUCUUCUUCUGCGUUCAUUGAUUGAUGUGAACUUACCCAAAUUUUUAGCACGCGAUGUACCACUCUUUCAGGGUAUAGUAUCUGAUCUCUUCCCAGGAUUAAUUCUACCGUCACCGAGUUACGAAGCACUUCUUGGUGCGGUGAACGAUAUUGCACAAGAACAAAAUCUUCAAACGGUGAAAGUAUUCUUAUUAAAGAUUGUACAAACUUACGAAAUGAUGAUGGUUCGACAUGGUUUUAUGUUGGUUGGGGGACCAUUCGGUGGAAAGACAACUGUUCUUCGUACUUUAGCCAAUGCUUUGACGUUGAUGUACAAUCGAGGAGAUCAGAAUGGCUUGACGACUAAAUACUUUGUCCUAAAUCCCAAGGCUAUUACUCUGAAUCAAUUAUAUGGUUAUUUCGAUCCAGUGUCAUCCGAAUGGACUGACGGAAUUUGCGCUUCCGCUUAUCGUCGGUUUGCCUCAAAUGACGUUUUAGAAAGAAAAUGGAUUAUCUUUGAUGGACCAAUAGACGCCUUAUGGAUUGAAAGUCUGAACACUGUGCUCGAUGAUAAUAAAAAGCUUUGUCUUACAUCUGGCGAAGUGAUACGCAUGACGGAAAAUAUGUCAAUGAUCUUUGAAACAAUGGAUUUAAUGCAUGCAUCGCCCGCUACAGUAUCCCGAUGCGGUAUGAUUUAUUUGGAACCAGCUGCCCUUGGAUGGCAACCCAUUUUUGAAUCAUGGAUUCGAAAAUUAAAUCCUAUGUGGGCAGAAGGUCGCGAGGAGAUUAUCGUUGAACUGUUUAAUUGGUUAAUGAAUUCUUGUUUAGAAUUCAUCAGAAAGGAAUGCCGGACAACUAUAAGUGCUGGACAAAUUCAUUGCACUGUGUCAACUACAGCAAUUUUUCAACUCUUGAUAGAAAAUGCCGUCGAGGAAAAUCCUAAAGCGUUCGAGCAUUAUUUGCUAGCUUGGUUUCAAGCAGCCAUGAUUAUGUCAAUGGUAUGGGGUGCAGCCGGUACCUUAGACUACGAAUCUCGACGUAAAUUUGAUACAUUUUAUCUGAGUAUAUGGAAAGGCGAUCGUCAAGAGUUACCCUUACCUACUAGUAUAAUGGCAGACCUCAUCUCCCUACCAGGCGAAGAUCCGAUUCACGAUCAAUAUUACAGUUUUCGUGCAAAAGGAGCCUGGAAGCGCUUUGCUGAUGUUGCAAGAGCGGAACAUAUUCUAGAAACAGAGAGCAUUACUCGUACUAUGAUUCCUACAAGUGAUACAGUCAAGUACCAAAAUAUUAUGUUAACACACAUCAAGUAUCAACGAUGCUUUCUACUUUAUGGAGACACCGGUACUGGCAAGAGUCUUUAUCUAAAGGAUCUGCUAACCAAUAGAUUAGAUGAAAAAGAAUAUCUACCUAAUCUUAUUACUUUUACGCCAAAUAUUACCGCAGCACUGACACAAGAGUUAGUAUUAAUAAAAUUACAGAAGAAACGUAGAAAUCAAUAUGGACCGCCAUUUGGAAAGCGUUGCGUUGUUUUUAUUGACGAAGUAAAUAUGCCAACAAAAGAAUUGUAUGGUGCGCAACCACCAAUUGAGUUGUUACGUCAAUUCUUUGAUCACGGCAUGUGGUUUGAUCUGCACAAACCAGAAGCAAUUGCUAUUUCGGACGUUAUGUUUAUAUGCGCCAUGGCAUUUCCCGGUGGUAGCAGACAAGAGAUUUACCAUCGGUUUCUACGUCAUUUUAAUCUAUUUACUGUAUGUGAGUUUUCACGCGAUAACUUGUUCAGGAUCUUCACGAAUCUAGCAUUUAUAGGAUUGAAGCAGAAAGGUUUCACUGCCGGUGUGAUACCAAUUGUCAAUGAUCUAGUGAAUGCCACCCUGCACAUAUUCAAGAAUGUAAUUCGUCAUUUGCGACCAACACUACUCAAGCCUCAUUAUCUUUUCAAUAUACGUGACUUUGUACGAGUAAUAACUGGUUGCACCUUAGUAAAGAAAGAGACUAUGAAUAGUAAUAAGACCAUGUUUGGCAGAUUGUGGGUACAUGAAGUGCUUCGAGUUUUCGGAGAUCGUCUAAUUGACGCUUCCGAUCAAUAUUGGUUGUUUCAUAUGAUCAAGGAUAUAGUAGAAACUAUAUUGAAAGAACGCUUCGAUAUGAUGUUUGAUCAUUUACCCAAGCUUCAAGAUAAGAUUACAGAAAAGAGUUUAGACAGUCUGAUAUUUUGUAAUUUCAUGGAUAUGGAAGCUAUAUUGGAAGAUCGAUAUUAUGAGGAAAUUCCAUCUAUAGAAGAAUAUCAACAGACAGUUUCUUUAUUUUUAGAGGAAUAUAAUGAUACACAUCGCGACAAGAUCGAUAUCGUGCUAUUUCAAUAUGCGCUUGAACAUCUCGCCAGAAUUUCUCGUGUAUUGGCAAUUCCUUGUGGCAACAUGCUGAUGAUUGGUAUUGGUGGAUCAGGAAGAAGGAGCCUGACAAAACUUUCUGCCACCAUAACUGGUUAUGAUCUUCAUCAGUUACAAAUUAGCAGUGUGUACGGUAUGCAGGAAUGGCAUGAAGAUAUUAAAAGUAUUCUCAGAAAUUCUGGCGGAAUCGGAAAAAACCUUGUAUUUCUCUUAAGUGAAGAGGACAUUCGAGACGAGGCUUUUUUAAAUGAUAUCAGUAGCUUACUCAAUGAUGGAGAAGUCCCAAAUCUUUUCACGAUUGAAGAACGACAAGAAAUUAUCGAAAUGACACGAUUGGCUGCUCAACGUGGAGAUAGAAGUCUUGAUAUUUCUGUGUUGACUGUGCUGACAUAUUUCGUUAACCAGUGUCGUGAGAAACUUCACAUAAUGAUAGGUCUAAAUCCAAUUGGCAAAAACUUUAGGAACCGUUUACGAAUGCAUCCAAGCCUGGUGAAUUGCUGCACCAUUGAUUGGUUCAGCGAAUGGCCAGAAAAUGCACUCGAACAGGUGGCACAACGCAUCAUUGCCGAUGUUGAACUUACUGAAAACAUCAAACUUGAGUCGAUAACUGCCUGUAAGUUUUUCCAUGUUUGUACCAAAGAUUCGAGCGAAAAAUUUUACGAGCUUACAAGUAGGAAGAUUUAUGUCACAGCUGCCUCGUUUCUCGACCUUGUACGGAUAUUUUCUGACUUGAUAACAGAGAAGAGACAAGAACUUACUCUUAAUAG